AUGUCGGUGGACUCGACCAACCCGACGCCAGGGUCGCCCAACUCGGUCUUCUUGACCGAGACCAAGCUCCGAGGCCAUGAUUUUCCCACGAAAGAGCUCGCGGAGCUCGAGCCGCUCGUCUCGGGCGUCUCGCUGAUGUCGCAGUCAACGCUACUGCUCAAGAAGCGCAAGGAGCUCCGCGAAGUCAACGACGCGCUCGAAUUUAUGAAGGAGGAGUACGCGCAGCGCGUCGAGUCAUGUGCCGAGCGCCAGCGCGAGUUUGAGCGCAAGCAGCAAGAAAUGCGGGAUCAAGUGAGCAAGUUUGAAAAGUUUAUCAAAGAGAACGACUCGAAGCGGACGCGCGCCGAGCUCAAGGCCAAGACCGAGCACCGAUCGAGCGAGCAAAACGACGUGCGCAAGAAGCAGCUGUUUGCGCAGUAUGAGAAGGACGUCUCGCAGCGGGAGGCGCUGGAGAAGAAGCGCGACCAGCUACUCAAGUACCGCACGUACUUGGACAGCGCGGUCGAGGCGUCCGAGCAAGAGUACGAAGAGAUUGCCGACAUUCUGAACCGGUAUGCGACCUUGGUCGACGCCAACAAGGACCUCCAGGUGCAGGUGCAGAGCGCCGAGUCGCAGAUUGACCGACUGCGGCAAGAGCUGCGCACGUUCAAAACCGAAAUGGAAAACAACAUUUUGGUGCAAAACAGCGAAAUCCACGGGCACCAGCAACAUUUGGAACGCAUUCGCGGCGAGACCUUCCAGCUCGACUUGGACCGUGGCCGCGACGAUCGCACGUACAACGACCGGUCGCGCGAGUCGGGGCAGAUCAUUUUGGCGAUCAAGAACCUCUACAACCGGUGUCGCACAAGCUUGGGCGGCAAAAUUCCGCCCGUGACGGACCAGUCGUCCGACACGAUGGUGUACAUGAGCAACGUGCUCAAGGUCGUCGCUGAGCGCAUCGUCGAUCUCGAGUACAUCACGGCUGCGUACGAGCCCAAUAACCCGGUCGAGACCAAUGCCAGCGCCGCCAAGGCGACCAAAGCGCUGGCCAAGAAAGCGGCGGCGACAACCUAG